AUGGUGAAUCUACAAAUCAAACUGAGAAGACUUAAGAAAUGCCUGAGAAUGUGGAACAAAAAUGUGUUUGGCAAUAUUUUUGAGAAGAUAAAGCAAGCCGAAGAAGAAGCAAAGGAAGUGGCUAUGAUUUUUGAAGGAAAUCAGACUCCAGCAAAUAGAGCAGAUAUGAACAAGAAGGCUGCUGAAUAUGCUCUAAGAAUAAAGAUGGAGGAUGAUUACUGGAAACAAAAGGCUGCAAUAAGAAUACAUGCCAUAGAGGAGGAGGGGAAAACCUUGAUAGAAGAUGAAGAUGUUAGGAAUUCCGCAGUCAACUUCUUCCAUAAACUGUUAACUUCUGAUGUUAAUGCCCUACUUGAACCGGACCUGGAUAUUUUGGAUUCCCUGCCUAGUGGUUUUAACAUGGACGAUUUAGAGAGAAUGCCUUUGGAGAAGGAGGUUAGGGAGGUGGUCUUUAGUAUCAAUUCGGAGAGUGUGUCAGGACCAGACGGGCACUCUUCUCUGUUCUUCCAAAGUUGCUGGAAGGUGGUGUGCAUGGAUGUUUUGGAGGCAGUGCAGGACUUCUUCCGGGGAUCACAGAUGCCAAGGGGAAUUGCAGCAACAAUGAUCAUCUUGAUUCCUAAGAAAAGAAAUCCUACAACUUGGGCAGAAUAUAGACCUAUAAGCUUGUGCAACGUAUCGAACAAGAUCAUUUCCAAGUUUUUGCAACAAGAAUGGCUCCGUUGUUACCAAUGGUAA